AUGAACUCUGCAACUCCACCGUGGAAUCUAAGGACGACAAGAGCUGCUUCUAACGAACCUGGGAGAUGGGCCCACGAGGAUCAUUGGCAGCAACAGAGGAUUCAUCUGUACUCUUCGUCCGCCUCUACCCUGGUGUCUCAGGCGUCUUCUAAAGCUGCAUCGGAGCUAAGCAGGCUUUGUACCAAACAAAUGAUCUGCUUCUUAUACGCCAAGGCUGCCUUGCUUCAAGUGGGGCGUCAAUACCCUGACAACAACAUCAGGGAGUACACAAAGUAA